AUGGCAACAGGCGAGAGGUCCAACACGACAAAACAAAAGUCACACACAUCCGCUGAGAAGCCCAGUCGAUCAAGAGCAGCAGUCAACGUGAAUGGCAAGUCGCAUGCGCCAACGGCCCACCCUACAGCAAGAGACGGUUCUCAACAUUGCGAUUGCCAGUUGGCGGGCUGCCAGCGUUGUUAUCCAGGUGAUUACCACGCCGCUCAUUGCGGCUUAUCCUCCUGCGAGGAUUGCGCGGAUCUCGGUCCAGGAUACGACCUAUGGCACACUUGUCAAACUGCGCCAGAUGCUGAUAUCUUCACCGAGGGGGAUUCCGUCUUGUCUCGGACUUUCAACGGUCAGAAGAACGUCUUAUCUCUCGUGGUCGCCCGUGAACUGCUCAAUGCGAUGCGCAACGCUGUUGAUGAGGGUCGUCGGUAUCGUAGAACGAAAAAGCAAGUUGAUGUGGAACUAGAUGCGAUAAACGAAGAGGCGCGACCCGCUUGGCAAGUGUACAUACGCGCCAUUGCGGAGGUCAAGCAGGUCAAGAAGGAUUUACGUCUUGCACGCCUCCCCCACUAUGACGAACAAAUUCGUCUCAAAGCCGUGAAGGACUAUCGCAAGCGCGCACAGAAUAAUUAUCGGGCCUUCAAGACGCGCGAACGGCGACUUAAGAGCAGGCUGCGGGAUGCAGAACACAUUUGGUGGACCAGCUUGUGGGAUCUUGAUCAUUAUCACCGCCUGAUCUUGGAAGAUGCUGGAGUUGUAUCAGAUGACGAUGAGAGAGACUGGAACGCAGCCGACUACAGAUUCCAUCACAGAAUUCGCUCCCGAUACUAUGGGGAUAGUGAUGUGUAUAACGGUGAAGAUACCAACACUGAUAGCUCUUGUGGUGCGGUGUCACCCGAACCAGAGCCCAACGAGAUGCCGGCGCAGGCUCCGCGAACGUAUGAGGAAGAACUAGCUGAUAUAAAAGACGAGUGGGUGCAACACCUUGCAGGCCUCGAAGCAAAGGUCCAAUCGGCUAGGCAGAUGCAUGACGACGCUCGGGGCACCCACGGGCCCUUGCUAGACUUUUACUGUAGAGAUAAUCCCGAUCGCGACCCGGAAGAGCUGAAAGAUGAGUACGGCCCGCAAUUCGUGCAGCUUACACGUAAAUAUGCAACGAUAUUACAGGACGCGGAGGAUAAGCUAGAAGCUAGAAGAGCGGCAGCCAGAGCAGCUGGAAUCGAUCCAUAUGCGGAAAAUGCGUUCGACUUGGGUGGAGAUGAGAAGUACCUGGAGAGAUUGGUCGCGGAAAACGCUGAGAAGUUGAUAGCAAAUGUCGACCGCAGAAAGAUUUCUCGAUGGCUGGAUAGCUUCCGGAAAUACGAGCCAUGGCCAGUAUUGGAGCUGGACUCCGACGGUGGGUUCGGAUCAGAGACUAGUUCCAUAGCAUCUGAUUCAUCGACUGGGAGCUCAAAUCCCGCGGGAAGCAGAUUAAGUGAUAGGGAAGGCUCGAGACUACCUCAACACAGCCGCAAGAGGAACAAGUUCAUGGUAGGCGACGCAAACCUGGAUAGCAUCAGCGUGUUCAAUGAUGAUGACUACAUACGGCGAUAUAUUGAUAGUUGGGCGACCGAGAAGCGGGGUGGGUAUCUGUGA